UAGUUCCACUUUUCACCGCUUCAUUUUCGUUUUCUCAAAUUCUCUCACAGUUUUGUCGAAUAAACCACAUCAAAACCAAAGUUAUUCAUCUACAAUCGUAUUUCAAAGGUAAAGUGUAUAUAGAAGAACCCUUCCGCAAUGAGAAAAGUAGCAAUUUUGCGAUAGUUUCUUUGAAACCAUCUAAUGUUUUACUUCACAAAAUCUAUACAACAGCGCCAUUCUAUAUUUAGCACCUUAGCAACCUGUCAGACUCAAUAGUAAAUGUGUUACAAAGCCUGUUCCAACUGCUCAAGUCUUGUCCAAUGUCAUCAUCACAAGACCAUUGGGCUAAACUUUAGAAUCCCCGAUCGGAAAUGACGUAGUUUGAUCGCAUUCAACUAUAAAUCCAUUGAACAGUGGUGCUUGAAUGUUCUAACCGUACCCGCAGAGUCUUUCCAAGAUGGCGACAGGCACAGCAUGUUCGUCAUUUGCUUCCGCCAGUAUUCCACUCGACAUUGGAAAAUGGCCACUCUUCAGCCUCCUCUCUCCAGAGUUUCUUGCGUCUGUGAAGUUUGCGUGUGUAUUCGGCAACUCUGGCAAUGAAGCCUUAGUUGUGACGAAGGACGAUGACGUCUACUCUUUGGGGUCUAACUGCAGUGGUUGCUUAGGACUUGGUGAUUCUGUUGGGUGCCUCGAACCGAGAAAAUUGGACCCAUUAUGCAAGAAGCGAAUUUGUGAAUUUGCCUAUGGGAGUGGACCUCAUGUUUUGGCUGUCUCGGAAUCUGGUGAGCUUUAUGCCUGGGGCCACAACGGGUAUUGCCAGCUAGGGAAUGGAAACACGAACCAAGGAACUUCGCCAACGCUCUGUACGACUAAUCUCAUGGGCAAGAAAAUUACUGCUGUGGCAUGUGGCAGUCACCACUCAAUGGCGUUGACCGCAGAGGGGGAGGUAUUCUCAUGGGGCCAAAACAACUGUGGCCAGGUUGGCUCCGGUACGACCACAAACCAACCAACGCCUAGGAAAAUCACUGCAUGCAUCGGCACAAAGUAUGUCAUGUCUAUAGCCUGUGGGCAGACGUCUUCAAUGUGUGCAUUGGAUAAUGGCGAUGUGUAUGGUUGGGGAUAUAACGGUAACGGUCAACUUGGACUGGGGAACAACGUGAACCAAGCCAACCCUUGCCGAGUUGCUGCACUGCAGGGUGUCUUCGUCAUACAGAUCGUAUGUGGUUAUGCGCACACAAUGGCACUCACGGAUGAAGGUGCCCUUUUUGUGUGGGGUGCCAACUCGUACGGACAGCUUGGUACAGGCAACAAGGCUAAUCUAGUCACACCUGCCAAGGUGGUCAUGGCCAAGGGCAAUCAAAGGUUUAUAGAAAUAGCUGCUACACACUACAACCACAUCUCCGCAGCGACGACCCAGACUGGCGUGGUGUACAUGUGGGGUCAGUGUCGAGGCCAGAGUAUAACGCUGCCCUUACGCACUCGCUACACAAGCAUGCAUGAUGUCUUUGCUGGCUUUGCAUCUCCAUCGGUCACUUGGAAACCCAUGAAUGUUGAACAUGAGGACUGUUGCCCUGUGACGGAAAGUUUCAGAAGAGCAUUUGGUGAUCCAGUCACAAGUGAUGUCAAAUUCAGAAUUGAGGGAAAGACAAUCCAUGUACAUAAAAGUGUGCUCAAAAUUAGGUGCGAACACUUCCGACAAAUGUUCCAGUCUCAUUGGUGUGAGGAAGGAAAAGAUGUGAUAGAGAUCGAGCAGUUUCCAUGGGUGGUGUACCACUCGUUCCUUCAGUAUCUCUACACGGACAGGAUAGAUCUGCUGCCUGAAGAUGCUAUUGGAUUAUUAGAUCUUGCUAACGCUUAUUGUGAAACACAACUCAAGAGACUGUGUGAGAGGAUCAUCAAGCAAGGAAUCUCAGUCGAAAAUGCUGCCAUGCUCUAUGCUGCUGCCAUUAAAUAUGAAGCUAAGGAUCUGGAGGAGUUUUGUUUUCGAUUUGCGAUGAACCACAUGACUGCUAUCACACAGACGGAAGCCUUUAUCAAUCUCGAUGAAACAGUUCUCAAAAACUUUAUACGGAAAGCGGCACAAUAUGGAGCAUUUAAGUAUUGACAUGAAUGAGUUUUAGUUCAUGUACCUUUCCACUGUGGACAAGUGUACAAAGCUAUAUUUUGUUCAACUUCAUGUACACCCUUGUCGGAAAGUUUAUGGACACCAGUUUUUGCACAUUUUCUCAAAAACGGCUAAUCCUAUUGAACCCAAAUUUUCACCAAUGGUGGAGAAUCUUCUUGGCUAUCGAAUGACGUGAUAGUUGAUAUCAGGACCAAUUGCAUAACAAAGUUAUUACAUAAUUUUGAGAGGGAUCUUUUUUUUACUUUUUUGUUAAUCAAUUUUUCAAAACCAAAUUAACCUACAGUAUAUAUUGCACAUAGCUAAGACUUUCUGUGAAAAAAAUUUGGAUAAAUCUCAUUUCGGUUUUGAGAUAUAUCGAAAUAUCAAAAUUUUGAUAUUUUGAUAAUUUGAUAUUUUUGGGUUUUUUGCAACUGUAUCAUUGAGAAGUCAUACCCAAAUAAUGAUUGGCACCAAUUUAGCACAGCUAGCAACUAAUAUUGCUGAGAAAAGGUGGAUACUUGGUAGUAUGAAAAUUUUCAUAUUAUAAUUUCAAGAUGUUCCUUUAGUUGAAAAUCAGAAAAAAAUCACCAUUCAUUCAGGGGACAUGGGUACUACUAGGAUAUAUCGAAAAAUCAGAAAAAUCUCAAAAUUUUCAGAAUCUCAAAAUUUUGAUAUUUUGAUAUAUCAUGAAAAGUAAAUGAUAUUUUCAAAUACUUUCUUCACAGAAAGUCUUAGCAUUGUUAUCUGUAUGAUGCAAGAUUUAUACUUCGAUUUUAAAAAAAUCAACCAAAAAGUGAAAAAUAGAUGCCUCUCAAAAUUAUGUAAUAACUUUGUUAUGCAAUUGGUCCUGAUAUCAACUAUCACGUCAUUCGAUAGCCAGGAAGAUUCUCCACCAUUGGUGAAUAUUUGGGUUCAAUAGGAUUAGCCGUUUUUGAGAAAAUGUGCAAAAACUGGUGUCCAUAAACUUUCCGACAAGGGUGUACAUGGUGUUUUCCGUAGUUGCCAAAAAUGGGUUAAUUUGGUACUUCAGAGUGGGAUUACACUAGGCAUGUAUGAUGAAUACUUUGUUGGCAAGGGUUAUCUGGCCAUUGGUGCUUAUUUUAUGUACAGUGGAACCUCUCUAUUAAGGACACCCUCGGGACUGACAAGUGCUGUCCUUAAUAGAGAGGUGUCCUGAUAAGACAGGUCAAAUUGAAUGGAAACUACCAAAUUGGGACCAAUUGUGUCCUUAAUAGAGAGGUAGUCCUUAAUAGAGAGGUGUCCGCUAAGAGAAGUUCUACUGUACUGUGGGAUUGAAAGGUGCAUGUAGGAAAGCAGGAACCCACGUGUCAGUCAUUUCAAGAAUGGAGUUUGUUUGCAUUUACAGGGUGGCCCAAGAUAAAAGAAAAUUGGGGCCAAUGAUAUCAUCAACUGAGGGUCUAAUGUGUUCAAAUUGUACUUACCAGGUUCUUCCUGUCGGCUGUUUAUGGCUUGUUGCUUUUGAGGGCACUUUCAAUAUCUCAAGGCUUGUACCGUGCAGAACAAUGCUUUUAAUUUCAGUACAUGUAGUUAGAGGGCAGGCUGCUGAAUAAAAUAGCGCGAGGAACACAAUUUUGCCAGAAAUGUGUUAAGGGUUCUUUGCACUGGUUUCUUGCAGUGUAUUGUGUCAUGCUUAUGUGAUGAUUUUUUAACUCCCGCAUUACUUUUUAGGAAUUUUUACGUCAUUUUUAAACAUGUUCGAUUGCUGAUCAUUCCAGAGAGCUUAACUGGUGCUUGAUAUUUGUUGGUGUUUGUGACUAACGCCUACACUCGAUUUUAUCUCCACAUAAAAGUUCAUUGCUUCGCGUUUCAGUUGUCAGGCUCUAUUGUCCUAUUACAUUGAAAUAUGUGACCCGCUCACCAAAACUAGGCGCUUGUCGCAUCUGAACUUGACAGGUUGAUACGGACUUGUUGUUCAUUUCCCUAUUGUAGACCUUUUGUGAAAUGUGACCAAAUCAGUUUGUAAUAGAUUUCACAAAAGGUCUACAAUAGGGAAAUGAACAACAAGUCCGUAUCAACCUGUCGAGUUCAGAUGCGACAAGCGCCUAGUUUUGGUAGAGCGAGUCACAUAUGUUCUAUACAGGGUGGCCCAGAAAACUUUUCCCUUGCACAAUCGAAUUCUAUUGUGUAAUCCAUUGUGUGAGGGAAAUUUUUUUUGCCCCACCCUGUAGUCUUAUGUAGUAGUCCUCAAUAUUUACCAGAAACAAUGUGAAAGAUUUCAGUUAAACAGAUUAUAAGUUAUUCAUUGACUGAAGUGUAAAAUAGGGUUUGACAUAACUUAUUUUUUUAAACUCAUUCUAUAUAGUACUUGACAGAGCUUUUGCAACAAUGAGUAUGCUUAUGGGAUAGGCCUUAAAUGCAUGUGUAGUUUGAAAAUAUUGACAGAAUUUUAAUCUCUCUCUUACUUAUUCAUGUCUGUCUUUAUUAAAGUAUCAGUGGUUUUUUCAAGGGAAGAUUGAAACCUAGUAGAAAUAAAUAUGGUGAUAUUUAGUACUUAUAAUUGUUACUUACAAUGUGUGUUUGGAAUCUCAUCAUGCUCAACCUAAUGUGAUAAUGAUGCAUGUAAUAUGUAAUUGCUGUUAAUAAAUGAUAAUUGGCCUUGUACAUGUUGUAAAUGAGAGGUUUUAGUGCUUAGAUGGCAGUAGAGAAAGUUGGGCAAAAAAAUUUAUUGUGAUUAAAAAAAAGGGGAUGUCAGGGUCUCAUUUCAUGUCCCACUGAGACGAGGUUGCAGAGGAUGGAGUAUUCUCAUCCAGGGAGGACUCAUUUCAAAGGAGGGGUGUCAAGUUCUCAUUGAGAUUCAUCGCCUCCUGAGGUUACAGGUUGCAGAGAACGGAGUAUAUUAAUCCAGGGAGGAUCCAUUGUAAGGGAUAGGGGUGUCGGGUUUCGUUUACAUAGAACUGCCAGAUGUUUGUUUGUGAAUUCUUUGUGUUAAUGCAAUUAGUAUUUAUUCAGAAUAAAUGAGGACAGCGAAUAAUCAGAAUGAUGUGGA